AUGCUAGCUGUAUCUCUACUAAAGAUUACUAGCAUUACCGACUUUGACGUUGAACCAGAUAUUUCAGCCAAAACUGGACAAAACCGUUCAACUACACCUGCCGCUGAUUCGAGCAUAUCCUUGGCAAACUCCUGCUCCAGCGACGAUGCACAAGUGUCUUCUAAGGCAGCUAAGCAGAAGCAUGAUAUCAAUCUCCGCACUACUGGUUUUUUCCGCAUUCCUUCUGAGAGAGGAUCGAUCAAUCGUUAUACGAGAUGUCUUGGAGUCAGCGACACUGAGCAAUUCUGUUUGCAGAAUCUUGUUCAAUCCCGCGAUAUUCAGUUCGCUCUGUCGCGUCAUCGCGUCUCGCGUCAGGUCACUCUGUGCUCGGCCGACGAUCAUGUGGUGUUCCGUCCUCGUAGCCCAACUCCGCCUCGUCCUUCCCAUAUGAAUCUUGUGCGCCUUCGCAAAUUGCGUCGUGCGGCCAAGGCUCAAGGCAAUGUGGUGAAGGAGGCGAUUGGCGAAAUGGCGGGCAGAGGAGCCACUGGGCAGAAGAGCAAGAUUAGCUUGAACUCACCAUUCCAAGAUAAGAUGUAA